UUAAAAAAGAAAAGAAAUCUCAACUCUUCUUCACUUCUUCUAACUUGUCAAAUUCAUAUACUCUCUCCAAUCCCAAGUCUUCCAACUCAUCUUCUCUUCUCCCCAUUUAAUUAUCACCCUCAUCUCUCUCACUCAACUCUUCCCCCCCAACAAUGGCUUCUCUUAUUCAUACACUUCCCCUCACCCUUUUCUUCGCUCUCCUCCUCUUCCCACAUCCCAUUUUCUCCCAGGAUUCGCCCCAAUCUUCCCCCUCUCCAUCGCCUGGAGACAUUUCCCUGCCUCCCUCGCCUUCCCCUGCCUUCCCCGUUUCUCCUCCCGCCCCUCCUCCCUCAGAUCUCGCUCCUAACCCCCCCUCUCCUGUCCCAUUCCCUGGGGAUGAUGACGACGAUGUUCCCUACGAGCAGAAAAAUAUUCCGACUCCCGCGCCUGCUCCGGUUGUGGUUGGAGAUUUCCGCCACGAGGAUCAGUCAAAUGCUGGUGAUUUGGACGCUAAGGGUGACUCCUCCGGCGGAAUGAGCGGAGGGAAAAAGGCUGGUGUUGCGAUUGGAGUGAUCUCCGCAGCGUGCAUUGUGGGGCUCGGCGCGCUGGUGUACAAGAAGAGGCAGCAGAAUAUCCGCCGUGCGCAGUAUGGGUCCGCCGCCAGGAGAGAGUUUCUGUAGAAGCACAAGUAUAUAUGGCAAAAGACGAAAAAAUUAUACUAUUAUACUAGAGUACUACCGACAGAGUGGUUGAUUUGUUAUUUGGUUACUGUUCUCUUAGAUCCAUUGUUAGAUUUUGGUGGAACAGUGGAGGUGAGUUGAUCUGCUUGAUUCCUUACUGCGCAUCAAUAAGGAUUCUGUUGCUUCAUUGUGCUACAAGUAGAGCAAUAAUUCUCGUACAUUUAAUUCUUGGAUUUUGUUCUAAUAAUUGAUUCAUGCGUUUAUACUGAUUGAAUAUUUAAUAACCACACUUGUUAUUGCUGAUUGUA